AUGCCUAAAAAAAGCUUCUAUGACUCUUCAACAGGUGGAGAUAGCCCAAAUUACUACCAGCAACAAUUGCACUCUGAUUAUAGGACUCAAGCUACAACUUCUAAGGGUCCUUUGGUAAAACAAUAUCAGCAACCAAGAAGAGGCCAUCAUGAUAACCAUGAACUCUCAGAGGAACAUAUAAGUGUCAGUAGGUAUAAACACGAUAGAGAGUACUGUUCCAGAAGUCCAAGACAUGUCCGGUCAAGUGAGUGCCCUCGUAGACCAAGGGAACAAGAUGAAAUGGAUGGAAUCAAGCAUCAUGAGAGUAAACACUCAUCUUCUAGACUAUCUAAGCAUCAUGAUAACAGAUCAUCCAGGUCCUUAAAACAUUCUGAUUACAGAUCAAAAUCUAAAGAUCGGCGACACAGGGAAAGAUAUGAGAAUCACAGUUCAGAGCCUCUGUCACGUUUCGAGGAUAGAUACAACCCUUUAGAGUCUCAUGACACACAUGAAGAUGGUAACUCUUCCAUCAGCAAAUAUUAUGGAUCAGAUAAAUUUCAUGAUGAGGAGAAUUGA